GCAAAGUUAGAAGAGGCUCAGCUUUAUUAACUUCUGUUUGCUUUCAUUCUCUCUAUCUAUCUAUCAUCAUCCUCGUAAUCCUCAUCUCUGCUUUCUAACACCUAGUUGCAGUAAAAAAAAAGGCUGCUUCUUUCUCUUCCUCUAUAGUCAAUGGUUAUAUGAAGAAACCGUGAGCUUGAAGAGAAAGAGAGAGAGAGAGAGUGUGUGUAGAAUAAAAGAGUGGUGGAUUCAAAUCAGGAUUGGUGAAUCUAGAGAUGGAGCAAGGAGUUGGCGGUGGUGGUAAUGAAGUGGUGGAGGAAGCUUCACCUAUCAGCUCAAGACCUCCGGCUAAUAUGGAAGAGCUUAUGAGAUUCUCAGCGGCGGCGGAUGACGGUGGAGGGUUGGGAGGAGGAGGAGGAAGCUCGUCUUCUUCGUCAGGGAACAGAUGGCCGAGAGAAGAAACGCUUGCUCUUCUCAGGAUCCGAUCUGAAAUGGAUUCUACUUUCCGUGACGCCACUCUCAAAGCUCCUCUUUGGGAACACGUUUCCAGGAAGCUGUUGGAGUUAGGUUACAAACGCAGUGCUAAGAAAUGCAAAGAGAAAUUCGAAAACGUUCAGAAAUACUACAAACGCACUAAAGAAACGCGCGGCGGUCGCCAUGACGGUAAAACUUACAAGUUCUUCUCUCAGCUCGAAGCUCUCAACACUACUACUCCUCCUUCCUCUUCUCUCGACGCCACUCCUCUCUCCGUCGCCAAUCCCAUCCAACCGCCUCCUUCUUCAUCUCCUUUCCCUGUCUUCCCUCCUCUACCACAGACCCAACCGCACAGUGUCUCUUUUACACCCAAUGCAGCUCCUCCUCCUCCACCUCCUCCUGCUCCAAUGGGUCCCACCUUCCCCGGAGUGACCUUCUCCUCUCACAGCUCAUCGACGGCUUCAGGAAUGGGGUCUGACGAUGAGGAAGAAGAUAUUAUGGACGUGGAUCAGGCGGGUCCCAGCAGCCGCAAACGCAAACGUGGUAACCGGGGAAGAAGAGGCGGCAAGAUGAUGGAACUAUUCGAAGGUUUGGUGAGACAAGUGAUGCAGAAGCAAGCUGCUAUGCAAAGAAGCUUUCUCGAAGCGCUCGAGAAGAGAGAGCAAGAGCGUCUCCAUCGAGAAGAAGCUUGGAAACGCCAAGAGAUGUCUCGUUUAGCUCGGGAACACGAGAUCAUGUCUCAAGAACGAGCCGCUUCUGCGUCUCGCGACGCCGCGAUCAUCUCACUGAUUCAGAAAAUCACUGGCCACACCAUCCAGUUACCUCCUUCUUUAUCAUCACAACCGUCUCCUCCUCCUCCGCCGCCACCCGCAGCUAAACGCCCUUCAUCACAACCUCAACUGCAACCAAUAAUGGCGAUUCCACAGCAACAGGUCCUUCCUCCUCCUCCUCCUCCUCAACCACAACAACAACAACAACAACCACCACCACCACAACAACAAGAGAUGAUCAUGAGCACGGAUCAAUCCUCGUCACCGUCGUCAUCGCGAUGGCCAAAGGCGGAGAUUCUUGCGCUUAUAAACCUGAGAAGCGGAAUGGAACCGAGGUACCAAGACAAUGUCCCUAAAGGACUUUUAUGGGAAGAGAUCUCUUCUUCCAUGAAGAGAAUGGGAUACAAUAGAAACGCAAAGAGAUGCAAAGAGAAAUGGGAAAACAUAAACAAAUACUACAAGAAAGUUAAAGAAAGCAACAAGGAACGCCCUCAAGAUGCUAAGACCUGUCCUUACUUUCACCGCCUCGAUCUUCUUUACCGCAACAAAGUACUUGGAACUGGUGGCAGUUCUAGCGCUUCCGGUCUACCUCAAGACCAAACAUCAACAGUACAAAAGCAGAGUCCGGUCUCUGCAGUGAAGCCCCCACAAGGAGCUGUUGGGUCAGCUUCAAGUGAGGAAGAAGAUGCUAGAGAGGAAAGUCCACAAGGAACAGAGAAGCCAGAAGACCUUGUGAUGAAAGAGCUGAUGCAACGCCAACAACAAGAACAACAACAAGAUUCAAUGAUAAGUGAGUACGAAAAAAUUGAGGAGUCUCACAAUUAUAAUAACAUGGAAGAAGAGGAAGAAGAGGAAGAGGAGAUGGAUGAAGAACUAGACGAGGAUGAGAAAUCUGCGGCUUAUGAGGUUGCGUUUCAGAGCCCCGCAAACAGAGGAGGCAAUGGCCAUACCGAGCCACCUUUCUUGACAAUGGUUCAGUAAAUCUGAAUCACUGUUUCUGAAUUGCCCUCGUCCCAAGAAAAUGUACUUAUGUGUGCAUAGUUUCUAAACAACACCCAAAAAAAACAAAAAAAAAAAACUCAAAACACCUUCUGACACCAGAAACUGAAAAUCAAGGUCUCACCAAUCUUGAUUUCCAGUGAAUACAAUUCUUUCUUCACAUUCUUUCCCUUUGUUCCUUUUCUUUCUCACUGUCUCUUGUUUGUUUCUCGGUUCUUUGUUUUCUUCUUCAACACACACACCCCCACCCACAUGAACAAAAACUCUAGCUAAAGGUCUUUUAGUUUAUUUGGAGUUGUAAUUCAUCAGCAAGUCUCACUCUCUUUUUUUUUUCUUGUUUAAACAUUGGUUGAUUGGUUAAUUGGGGAAUAAAGAGUCUUUUUUUUUUCCUUGAGGAGACUUAUGAUUUCAGAAACAAGGAGAUACUGUAAAUCUUUACUUCUUUAUGGUGUUUUCAAGCUUUUUUUUUUACA